AUGAGCGCUGCACUCGCGAGGCGCUUCAGUUCUCUCGUCACCGACGGCUGGACGGAUAUCAAUGGCAUCGCGGUAAUCAAUUACCUCGCCAUUUGCGGCUACCAGACAUUUUUCUUGGAGUCAGUAUACACAGGCAGCACCAGUGACGCCGUGCUUCUAGCCGACGAUAUCCAACGCGUGAUCAGAAAGGACGACUUCAUCGAUUUCGUGGCGGUUGUGACCGACAAUUCACCGGCCAAUCAGAAUUCAUGGACGAUUCUUCAAGAACCUCGCCGGGAAAUGUUUUUUCUCGGUUGCGCCGCACACACAGUCAAUCUGCUGGUGAAGGACGUGGUGGCGUCGCUCACGUGA